AUGGGGAAGCUGAUCUCCAAAGGCUGGCGCAAAAGAGAUGCUCGUGUCGUCAUGCUGGGGCUCGACUUUGCUGGCAAAUCCACCCUUCUGUACAAACUGAAGAGCGGCCAGGCUGUGGAGACCUGCCCGACGGUGGGCUUCAACGUGGAGUCGCUGCAAACACCCUGUCACGUGUCCUUCACCCUCUGGGACGUUGGCGGACAAGGCAGCCUGCGGGCAAGCUGGCCCCACUACCUGGAGGACACCAACACCCUCAUCUUUGUGCUCGACAGCACAGACAUGGCCCGGCUGCCUGAAGCAGCAGCGGCGCUGGAGGAAACACUGAGCCACCCCAGCAUGGCUGGUGUCCCCGUCCUCCUCCUGGCCAACAAACAGGAGGUGCCGGGAGCACUGGCUCCCAAAGAGAGGCUGCGGUGGGGGCAGCUGGCGGGGCGCCGAUGGGUGCUCCGGGGGUGCAGCGCCCACACCGGCCAGGGCCUGCAGGAAGCCCUGGCCGUCCUGGGAGAGCUGCUGCGAGGUCUGGAGCAGAGCCCUCCAUCCCAAGAGCAGCCCCUCACAGGGCUGACGGCGAGGAGGCAAGCUCCAGAGCAGCCCUGA